AUGAAUACCAACUCGGCGUCUGUCAUCAGUGAGGAUGAAAUCAAGGAUCUUGUGGCCAGAUUGGAGGCCAAACUCCGAAACAGCGAUCCAGAAACCCGUGUCACACCCCGAGAACUUGCGGCCUACAAGCGCAACGUCGCUGCACGAGUUGUACGCAGAACGAGAGGUCAAGAUUAUCUCGACGACGCCAAAGCCAACUUGGAGGACCGCCUUGACGCGAUGAGAGCUAUUCACAACACCAUCGGCACCCACGAGGACUUCAUCCCCAUGUACCAGUCCGACAAACGCACCCUACGAUCUGCCCGUUUGUGGGCGUCGAUGUUGACGAUGGACUUCGACCUCUUGCUUAAGUUCAAAGACAAACUGAGUAUUGGAAGCAGACGCGAGAAGCGAGAUGUGCUCUACUCGCUUCUGCAGUCUGUGAACGGAGAUGGACUAAAGUACCUGGGUUGGUGGUCUCAUGAAACCCCAUUGCCAUACGAAGAGGAAACCUGGGCUGGAAAUCCCACGCAGAGAGAUUUGGCUCUCAAGCGCGACGGCUUCAGAUGCGUUCUGACCCUCAAGCAGAUCUACCAACCAUCUUGGGCGACGACGUUCACGACAAACUGUGCGCUUUGUUGGAACCUGGCGCACACGAUCUCCUUGACUCGCCUGCCAAACAUGAUCACGAUGAGCCCUUCCUUGCGCAAGAUGUGGAGCGAAGGCAAAUUCGGUCUUGAACCCCUACGCUACGUGGACAAAUGGGUCGUGAUGAGGCCGGACGAAGAAACCAACUUGGAAAGAGCCGCAGGCAGCAGCAAGGACACCAAGAAUACCAAGGAGACGAAGGACACCGAGGAUACCAAGGAUACCAAGGACGCCAGGCACGCGGGAAAAUUGAAGCAAAUCUACGGACUGGAAACUGGCUUCCAUUGGCUGAAGAAAACCAACCUGGGAGGUAUCAAUGACAGCCCUGACGCAACAGACGCCGACCCUCGCGAAAUGUGGGAAGCGCAAGAUCACGAUGAGGAGUUCUUCGCCGAUAAUGGCACCGCUCUUGACGAUGGCCAGAUUGUUACAAUCUGGGCCGAAGACAAAAGUCUACUUCCCAAUUGGGACCUACUCGCUAUCCAGUGGCGAGCUUCCCGUCUUCAUAGACUUUGGGGAGGCGCUGAUCUUCAUCUAUACGCCCCUCAAGAGGAGCAGGACGAGGAUGCAGGUGGACGGCGACAAAUGGAUUGA